UUUUAUUUGGGGCUGUCUUAAGCCGUAAACUCGUUUGAUAGAGUCUGACGUCUAAGUGUAAGCAAAGCAGUUGACAAUUUCGCUAUAAAACUGUCGAAUUAAUUGGCCAAAAGCAUCAGUCGCUCAACACAAGUCAAGCAACCACUUCCAAUAUGAAAUUCCUCAUCUGCCUUGCUCUCUUCGUCGCCGUCGCUCAGGCUGGCUACAUCGCAUCUCCAGUUGCCACUUAUGCCGCAGCUCCCGCCUUUGCUGCCACCACCUAUGCUGCUGCCCCUAGCUAUGCUGCCACCUAUGCCGCUGCUGCUCCAGUGACCACAUACUCCGCCGCUGCUGUCCCAGCUUACUCCACCUAUGCCGCUGCUGCUCCCGCCUACACUGCCUCCGUCUACAGUGCUCCUGCUUACGCUGGAGUGGCUCCAGUGGCGACUUAUGCCGCUCCUGCUUACACUGCUCCUGUCACCACCUACGCUGCCCCAGCUGUCAUCAGCCCCUUCUUGAAGAAGAAGUAAACUGUAUUGACCAUAUGUCCACCUAUUGCCCAUGUCGAUUAAUUGAACACUUAAUAAAAGGAAUCUAUUACUACACGUGGAUUCACUAACCAAUCCAAAAACCUCAAUUUGUUUUU